AUGCUCCCUUUACGGUCUGCCAUUUUGAGGCCCGCGCCUCGAGAUGUGCUCCUUUGUUCAUGUUUAGGGAGAUCCGGAACUCAAUCAUCCAGCGUUCGGCGGUUCUGGUCGUCAUCACACCGUCGCACUGGCAUCGCGGAGAACCAAGCAUCUUCCCUUCUCCAGAAGACAUAUUUCUCCCGGAAUAGUUUGUACGAUGGUACAGGACUCAAGGGUGGAUUUAUUUCCUCCUUUGCCUCGCUCAAUUCCGACCAACCUGGGCAAUCUUCCACCUCUCAGCCCACCAACCAAACCUCCGCAAACCCGGCCGGUUCAACCGAAACAGUGACCUCCGAGUCCAUUGCGACGCAAAAUACACCGGAUGAACUCCCACACCGACGGAGGAAACGAUUGAGGGAUGAGGGCUCCGACAAUGGUCAAGCAGAGCCCGUCAUACCACCCGAUGCAUCCGCGCAAUUGCGAAAGCUGGCGGCCUACUUUGCCUUGACUAAACCUCGACUGUCCUUCCUCAUUGUUCUCAGCACUACGUCUGCAUACGGAAUGUACCCGAUCUCCUCUCUUCUCGCCCUCGACCCAGCCAUGACUCCACUUCCGACUCUCUCAACCUCGACCUUGACCUUUAUAUACUUAACAGCGGGUACGUUUCUAUCAUGCUGCAGCGCCAACACGUUGAACAUGAUGUUCGAGCCCAAAUAUGACGCAUUGAUGUCACGCACGCGGAAUCGCCCCCUGGUCCGCGGGCUGGUCUCGCGCCGUGGAGCUCUGCUCUUUGCAGUUGCAACCGCUGCUACAGGUUUGGGUCUGCUCUAUAUCGGAACCAACCCAACAACCACCGCUCUUUCUGCCGCCAAUAUUUUCCUUUAUGCCUUCGUCUAUACCCCGCUUAAGCGAAUCUCUGUCAUCAACACCUGGGUCGGUGCCGUCGUUGGUGGAAUUCCACCUCUGAUGGGUUGGGUUGCGGCGGCAGGCCAGACCGCGACGACUGGACAUGACACAUGGCGCGACAUGCUAUUCAGUGAAGACAGCAUUGGUGGUUGGUUGCUGGGAGCUAUUCUUUUCGCCUGGCAAUUCCCCCACUUCAACGCUCUCUCCCACACCAUUCGUGAGGAAUACAAGGGCGCCGGCUAUCGCAUGCUCGCUUGGGUGAACCCCGCGCAGAAUGCUCGCGUCGCCCUUCGCUACUCUAUCUUCAUGUUCCCUAUUUCCAUUGGCUUGUGGUGGGUCGGCGUCGUCGGCCACGGCUUCCUUGUUGGAAGUACGUUCGCCAACGGCUGGCUCGUUCGUGAAGCCUACGGUUUCUGGAAGCACCAGGGUGCCCAGGGAACUGCGCGUGGUCUUUUCUGGGCCAGUAUUUGGCAACUGCCCAUUCUCCUUGUUGGCGGUCUUGUCACUAAGAAGGGGUUGUGGGAUGGUGUUUGGCGCAACAUCUUUGGCCAACCGGAAGAGGAUGACGACGAGUAUGUGUAUUAUGACGACGAGGAGGAAGAGGGUGCAGUAGAGGCUGGCGAUAAACCCCGCUCAACGUCAAGUCGAGAAAGCGCUCUGUCCACUGCGUGA